AGCGCCUUGAGUAAGACCCGAAACUCGCUCACUUCUCAACCAUCUAUCUUGCUUUAACCUCCAACUUCCGCAACACUCCUUGAAUACUUGACUUAGCAGUCGUCUGUAUCAGAUGUGCGAUAGGUUACUGACAAGUUAUCCUUCGACGUCAAUUCAUUUCUUAGAUAAGCGACAUCCGGAACAACACAGAAACGGAGACAAUUGGAAAAAGUUUGUUCGAAGAGAGGCUCUCGGACUUCACUUUAAGCAUAUCGUGCAUGUUUGUCAGCUUGAGAUAAUUGAUAAUUGUUCAAUAAAUCGUCUCCUGCUCUAAGCAGUUGUUGUGUUUCUUUUGCAUGU